AUGGACGAAAUAUUCGCAGUGCUGAUCCUUAUCGAGGCUGGUGACAAGAAGCUGUGUCAGACGAUUGGUGGAAAAGAGACAGAAAACAAGUUGCUGUUACAGAUAAGCGAAGCCGAGCAAGUGUCGGACUUUGAAAGGAUUCUUAAUUCUAAUGCAAUACUGUGCGAGCGAGCCCGUGGACACGUGUGGCGAAGCAGCGUUGCCGCGCACACCCCUUCGGCUUCACUACUUUCAAGACCUCGCUCUACUUACUCUUUACGAGCUGUGAGUCAAGCGUAUCACAAUCUUUUUCAUCAGCACGAAGAAUCACUUCAGGAACUUAUCGACCGCCACCGUCAAGAAACGUCUGAUAAACAUAAACAGCAAACAACGACGAGCUUACUAGAAAACAGUUGGUACGAAAACCUUCAAGGUCUUUCCGAAUUUUACGAAGACGAUCCAGCAUUGCAAAAAGAAAUAGAAACAAUCACAGAUCGUAUUAUAGCGGAUGAAGCUCGUGGUGUCGAGGGCGGACAAGUUACGACGCGAAGCAAUUUUAAUGUUAACUUAGCCGGGUUAAUAAGUUUACAUGUAAACGGAGAAGGAGUUUCACCAACUUUUCGUGACGACCUAGGUCCAUCACCUGAAGUAGAGAGAAUUGAAGGCUGCGAUGAAAAGGAAUGGCUCGAUUUGAGUAUGAGUGGAAACUCUGACAAAUAUUCGAAGGACACUAGUGAUUCAGGCGUAGAUUGCUUAGCACAAAAUUUGAACACAAUCCAGAUUGAUUGCGAUGGGAACGUGCCUACGAUAACAUUCAGCAAUUGUUGUGACGGUCGCUCGCAGGCUAAUAUACCUAACAAUUCCGAGGUCAUUAUUCAUCUCGCCCCGCCCUCCAUUGAAAGCGUUGACGAGGCACGGCCGCCUAUGAUGUGA